AGACAGCAUACACACUCUCCUCUCCGCCAGACGCGGCGACGAACGGUGGCGCGUGUGUGUGUGUGCGCGUGUGUGUGUGUGUGUGUGUGUGCAUGCGUGCGCAUACGUGUGCGCGAAGACCCCCGUGCGUAAUUACGCUCGGCGCAUGCAUGGUUUUUGGGUGCGCUGGAUGUCUCCAACCCCCUCGGAGUGCGUCACUUCUCUCCGAGGAGGCGUGAAGUGUUUGGCCGCAUCAUCUUGACGGCGCACCGGGAGGAAGAGGACCGGGGGGGACGCACCGAGAAGCCGCGCGUCUGAACCGCUGGAUGCGAUGGAUUAGCAGCCUCAUUUCUCAUCUCCUCCAUCUCCACUUCUUUUUUUUUUUUUCUUUUUUUUUUUUUUAGUUGCCAAUUCUGACACCGACUCUCCAUCACGGGAUUAUUUCCUCGACAUUUACCGCCGAGAUGACGGAGGAGUGUGUGUUGCGGUGCGUGCUGAUGCUCUGCUGCGCGCUCCUCUCCGCCAACGCCAGCAACUGGCUGUACUUGGCCAAGCUGUCAUCAGUGGGAAGCAUCCGGGAUGAAGAGACGUGCGAGAGGUUACGAGGCCUCAUCCAGAGACAGGUUCAAAUCUGUAAGCGCAGCGUGGAGGUGAUGGACGCGGUGCGUCGGGGCGCCCAGCUGGCGAUCGACGAGUGCCAGUUCCAGUUCCGCAACCGCCGGUGGAACUGUUCCACUCUGGAGACCAUGCCUGUGUUCGGCAAGGUGGUCACCCAGGGCACCCGCGAGGCGGCCUUUGUGUAUGCCAUCUCAGCAGCCAGUGUGGCGUUCGCGGUCACACGGGCCUGCAGUAGCGGAGAGCUGGAAAAAUGCGGCUGUGACCACAACGUGCAUGGAGUCAGUCCAGAGGGAUUCCAGUGGUCGGGCUGCAGCGACAACAUUGCUUACGGGGUGGCUUUUUCUCAGUCCUUCGUGGACGUGAGGGAGAGGAGUAAAGGCCAGUCCUCCAGUCGGGCCCUCAUGAACUUACACAACAAUGAGGCGGGAAGGAAGACCAUCCUGGCUCACAUGCGCGUGGAGUGUAAAUGCCACGGCGUGUCGGGCUCGUGCGAGGUGAAGACCUGCUGGAAGGCCAUGCCGCCCUUCCGCAAGGUGGGCAACAUCAUCAAGGAGAAGUUCGACGGCGCCACCGAGGUAGAGCAGCGCAAAAUGGGCUCCGCCAAAUUCCUGGUGCCUCGCAACUCCCAGUUCAAGCCCCACACGGAUGAAGACCUGGUCUACUUGGAGCCCAGUCCGGACUUCUGCGACCGCGACCCGCGCACGCCGGGCAUGCUGGGCACGGUGGGGCGGCAGUGCAACAGAACCUCAAAGGCCAUAGACGGCUGCGAGCUGAUGUGCUGCGGCCGCGGCUUCCAGACGCAGGAGGUGGAGGUGGUGGACAGGUGCAGCUGCAAGUUCCACUGGUGCUGUUACGUCAAAUGCAAACAGUGCCGCAAAACCGUGGAGAUGCACACUUGCCGGUGAUGGCGCAACGGCCAGAGUGAGCACUGAGGACUGGAUACCGCCAACCCUUCCACUAAACAGACCCGAGUCGCUGAGAGGACCACGGAGCAUCCCAUUUCCUCAUCUCUUCUCCAUUUAGAA